AUAAAAAUAUUUAUAAGUCUUUUAAUAAUUAUAUUUUUAUUAAUUUUAUUAAUAUCAACGUCAUUUUUAAUUUCUAAAAAAUCAAUUAUAGAUAUUAAUAAAUCCUCCCCAUUUGAGUGUGGAUUCUCAAACUUUUCCUCAUCACGUAUUUCAUUUUCAAUCCACUUCUUUAUAAUUGCUAUUAUUUUUAUUAUAUUUGAUAUUGAAAUAGCUAUUAUACUUCCAAUUUUCAUCUCUAUAAAAUUAAUAACAGUAAAAAAAUGAUUUACAUUAAGUAUAUUAAUUUGUAUAUUAAUUCUAUAUGGUCUUUACCACGAAUGAAUAAACGGAAUUAUUGAAUGAUCUAAAUAA